AUGAGCGCCACGCUCCUGCGUUCCGGGCGGCUGACGGUCACGUGCUUCAUGCGAAAGGCCGGCCUCCACCUCUCAGCCCGCGCCAACGGUGAACGACGUUACACCAAGAAACACGAAUGGGUCCUCGUCGAAAAUGGCAUCGGCACCGUCGGCAUCACCGAAUUCGCCGCGUCGGCCCUCGGAGAUAUCGUCUUUGUCGAACUCCCCGAAAUCGACAAAGAAUUCGGGAAAGGCGACUCGAUUGGAGCUAUCGAAUCUGUGAAGGCCGCCUCCGACAUUUAUACGCCAAUCGCCGGGACGGUUGUCGAGCGAAACACACAGUUGGAGGACACGCCGAACACUAUCAACAAAAGCCCGCUGGGCGACGGGUGGAUCGCCAAGCUGAGGGUGAAGGACGAUGGCGAACUACAGCAGCUGCUCACCGAGGCCGAAUACAACAAGUUCAAGGAGGAAGAGGAGGGCGCCCAU